CCUCACACCGCAGGCUUCACGGAGCCUUAUGGAGGGGAGAGGGACAUGGUCUGCCCCUCAAGUAUAUGUUGAUAAAAUGCAGAGAUACUUAUGAAUACUGGAAUGUUUUCGUGUAACGUUAACAUUGAUCAAUGCAUAUCAGAAGCUCGGUGUCCAGCGCGUCGGCAGGAAGUACCGACGGAUCUGAAGUCAGCUUGAAAAUUAACGGUCCCCGUUCGGCUCCUGUGUGGGAUGUGCCAUGUACUCUAGCUGGAGAUGAGAAUGAAACCCAGUCGCAACCUCCUCCUGGGCCUGUGCUCCAUGCUGGCCCUGGGAUUCCUCUACUACUCGUCAGGGAGAAUCAGUUUACAAGGCUGGGGCCACAAAUCAAUGUAUGACAAGCAAGGGUUCCUUCUGAAGCUGGAUGGUAGCCUGCCUUUGGAGCUGAUCUACAAGUACGGCAAUCUCAGUGAGGGUGCCUGCAAGCCUGGUUUUGCAGCUGCCAAGAUGACUGCCAUUUAUCCAAAAUUCACCAAACUUGCGCCCAUGUUCCUCGAUUCAAAUUACAAGCGGUUCUCCAAGAUCGGUGAUCAUUCACCUCCAUUUGGAGUAAAAUCACAAGAGAAGAUCAUAGAUAUUCUUCUUUCAGCUACUAAGAGCUACGGCCUUGGAGAAGAACUUGACAGUAUGAGCUGUAAGACAUGCGUCGUCGUAGGGAACGGAGGAAUCCUCGCCAACAAGUCUCUGGGACACAGGAUUGAUCAGUUUGAUGUUGUGGUCAGGUUAAAUGAGGCCCCAGUGAAAGGCUUUGAGAAAGACGUCGGCUCCAAGACCACCAUGAGGAUCACCUAUCCAGAGGGGGCCAUACAGAAGACGGAACGCUACGAGACUCAGUCUCUAUUUGUCCUCUCUGCCUUUAAAGCUCUGGACCUCAAGUGGCUUCGACACAUGGUCUUCAACCAGAGGCUGCGCAGCACUGAUGGCUUCUGGAAGUCGGUGGCCAGACAUGUUCCAAGGGAGCCAAGCGACAUGCGCAUCUUGAACCCCUACUUCAUCCAGGAGGCCUCCUUCAAGCUAAUAGGCUUACCUUACAACAGUGGACAGAUGGGCAGAGGGAAUAUCCCAACCCUGGGGGCAGUUGCCAUAACGAUGGCCCUUCAUAAUUGUGAUGAAGUAGCUGUGGCUGGAUUUGGGUACAACAUGAGCACUCCCCAUGCCCCAUUGCACUACUACGAGAGGAUUAGGAUGUCAGCCAUCAAAGAGUCCUGGACUCACAACAUAUCUAAGGAGAAGGAGUUCUUGGUGAAGCUGGUGAAGGCUGGAGUCAUCCAGGACUGGACCAAUGGGAUCUGUGGUGCAGGAUGCUGAUGGUCUGCAGCACAGCACUCACUCCCACCUGCUCCAGCACCUGAGGAGGGGCACCCAAGGCUCUGUAGACCAUGUUCCCAGCAGAGCAGCAGCUGUCACACACCAUGGUCACUGCAGGGUCAGGCCAGGCCGGGAGACUCUGCCCCAGUGUUGCACUUUGACAUGUUGCAGUUGGCCUCUGCGUUUUAUCACAAUAUUUAGCUUGUCCUAAUUGCAGGUUAGUCUGUAUAUACAUGGAUUUGGUGCUCUGGCUCAGGGGUCUGUCACCAGUGUUGGGGAUCAAACCAGCACCUGAAGCAGAUUGCUCUCCUCCUAGCCCUGCUGUAGGCUGGAGAGAGGAGAGGAUGAAGAUGUCGGGUUUAAACAUUGAGCCUCUGCCAAGAAUACCUCUACAAGUGUCCUUCUGCUUACACAUCUGAAUGUAAUCUGCAUCAAACCUAUAGUCACUGAUUUAUAUCUUCCAGCCUCUGUAUUCAACAGGUGCACACAGUGUCUCAGUGUCAAUAUGAAGCUAAGGAGCUUCCCCAGCAGCAACAUGGUCUGUCUCAUGACACAGAUGCAGAAGGGUCAGGUUAUGUUUGUUGGUGUGAGGCAGCAAGGUCCCAUGAUCCCUCAAGACCUCACCCCCCCCCCCAGUGUCCACUGGAUGUGCACUCGUGAAUGUUUGUAAAUGACAAUUGAUUUAAAAUGAUUUUUUAAUGAUGCAUUUCAUUUGUUGACUUGGUCUUUACAUACAACAAUAACAAUCAGUUAGUUUCUUUUUGUUUGUUUGUUUGUUUCUGUAAAGCAGGAGAGAAGAUUUACCAAUCAGAAAAUACUUAAACUAGAACUAAGACAAUGUGAUGUAGUGCAGUAAUUAAAACCAACAGAGUAUGUUACCAAUCAGAAACAAGCUGCAAGCAAGUGUUCAGUCUUCUGUAAAACGAAACAUUGGCUGAACAGCUCCGACCAAAAUUAGAAUGUGUGUAGUGAAAUGUGGUGCAACUAAAACAAGCUCCAUCCAGUGGACAGGAGGGGAGACCUCACUAAGUCAUAAAACGUCCAGAUGUUGAUGUGUCACACUGUUGACUGUCACUGACCACUGUAAGUUAAUGCAGACAUACCAGCUGUGGGCUUUUCCACAGUGGUGCGCUGUGUGUUGGAAAACAUCUGUGUAUUAGUCCAGGUCAACAGGCAUAUCUUUGAUUUGAUCAGCUUUUCUUCCCAUAUCAUCAAACAAUGUUUUCAGAUGAGGGCAUGUAGGAUAUUAUAAAGAUUUGUUGGUGUAGAUAACACAAUUUAAUUUUCACAAUAAACAGUAAAAGGCCUUUCCAUGUUAAAAUAGACUCUACAAAAGAACAAAAUUAGUAACAAAAAACAAACACUUCAGAUAAGGUUGGGAUAUCAAACAUUUCUGAUCAUUAGACUAAUGACACACAAGAACUCGGGCAUCGACAUGUUGAUGAGAAAGUGUCAGUGAUUGGUCAAUUACUGAAGUGACUGCAGAAAAUUGAGUUUAAUCUGCCUCAUGAGAGAUGUUAUCAUUUUAUUACAAACAUUUCUAACCUUGAAAUUCACUGUGCAGCUACUGUCCUGUCUGCCAGUCUCAAGUACAAUCACAUGAUCAACGCUCAGCCAAUCAAAUUAGAGCUGACUGUACUUUGAACUCUUUGCUUGAGUAAAUUUAUCGAAUCAAAUCCCUAAAGCCAGGAUGAGACAUCACUGUAUCAGCCUAAUGAUCAACAGAGGACAUGAAGAAAGAAAGAAGCACCUAGCUUGUCUUUCACCAGUGUUUUCUCUGACCUGACAGGUUCACCUAGGUUUAAAAAAAAAUCUGCUUAUGCCUGCUAAUUUUGGUGUUAACAGUGUAUUAGAGAGACAGGAAAGUGGGGUGAGAGAGAGGGGAUGACAUGCAGCAAAGGGCCUCUGGUCGGACUCGCAAGCCAGCCACUCAGUAUACUUUCAAGAUCAACUGAUUUGAUUUGUAAAAUGUUUUAUGAGGAAGAGGAUGUGUUCGAGACAGCAGACUUCAAGAACAUAACUGUUAUACUGAAAUAAAAACACUUGAAGGCGGCUAACAGCAUGUUAGCCUGGAUUACUGUUGUGAAGCCACAUUUGAAGAACAGGCUCCAGGUCUGAGUUGAAUUGUAUUGAAUCAUUUGCUGCUUGUUGAAUGACUGACUUUGUAUUCAUGUGAAUGGAUGGUGUCAGGCAGGUUUGUGUUGAUGCUAGCUCCUUCUCAACAUGCUUUAAAAUCUCUCGUCUCUGUUGAUGGCCCAGUGUAAGAGCAGAACACCUGUAUGAUGAUUUACUCUCCUUAGUUACUUCAUCUGGCCCUGCCAAAGGCUUCUAUCUCAGGCCUCCAGUCAUGAUCAGUGUUACUCUCAGACACAUGAAGUGAGCUUUAGAGUCUGUGUGUGUUUGUGUUGCUUUACAGACUCAGCACAGUUUGUGCUCACCUCACUGUAGGUGUUCAUAGACUGGAUGCUGGUCAGAUGCUCAAGCCAAAGUAUUCAUAUAUUUAUUGUAGAUUGUUCAGAGGUACACAUUGAAAAAAUAAAGACAUGAAGAUGCUGUA